UUGAGGCGCUCAGAUAUUCAACCUUUGAUGCACGAGAUGGAAGAGGCUCAUAGCGCCAACGGUGCAGCCAAUGGCGAUGGGAAGCAGCCUGGGCUAUACCAAAAGUUCGGCAGCAAGUUGGGUGCCAUCGUUCAGCUGUUGAAGGAGAUCAAGUUGAAGGAUACGACAGCCAAAUGUAUCGUCUUUUGCCAGUGGGAUUCGCUUCUGGCGAACAUCGCUCGUGCCUUUCACGACUUCGGCAUCCGCUACGCGCGCUUGCACGGCUCCGUCUACGCGCGUACGCGGACGUUGGCGAAUUUUCAAGGAGCCAAGUCCAACGUCGAUGUUUUGCUGCUGUCCUUGGAGCAUAGUGCCAGCGGCACAAACUUGACAUGUGCCAAUCACGUGAUCUUGGUGCAUCCCAUGAGUGCAGAGAGCUCAGAACAGUCCAUCGCCUUCGAACUGCAGGCCAUCGGUCGUGUAAGGCGCUGGGGUCAACCACGGAACGAGGUGCACGUGUGGCGCUUCUGCACUUUGGGCACCAUCGAGGAGGAAAUCACGAAACAACAUCAGAAGGAGAUCUACGAGAGUAGUCAGAGUUUUGCCAUGGCCCAACUGGAGGCACCUCCAGCAGAAAGUGGGAACAGUCAGAGACCCAAGAGGAAGAGAGGUUCGGCGCUCGCAGCAGGGUGGUCCUGUGGAAAGUGCGGCCUUGCAAAUGAAGUGGGAGCAUUGCUGUGCUCCUGCGGUGCAAACAGACCAGGAUUGGCGGCCGUGACGGAGCCGGCCGUGGAGCGAUUUCAAAAGUUGAAUGCUCCUGCAUCCCUAUGCAUCGACUUGAGCGAUGAUGAAGCGAUGUAACGGUGAAGUCAAGUUAUGCCUGUACAUAACUCGUAGAAUGAGCUGGGCAAAGCGUUCCAGUGAAUGGCUCAAAACUCAUGGAAAUAUG